AUGGACGGUGAGCAGUUGCAGGCCAAGAUAACGGCUGCCAGGCGCGAGGCAGAGGGCCUGAAGGAUCGCAUCAAGCGCAGGAAAGAUGAAUUGGCUGACACCACCCUUCGCCAAGUCGCGCAGAAUAAUACCGACCCCUUGACGCGAAUUGGCAUGCGACCACGACGGAAUCUAAAGGGCCAUCUCGCCAAGAUCUAUGCAAUGCACUGGUCGACCGACAGGAGGCACCUGGUCUCCGCUUCUCAAGACGGAAAAUUGAUAAUCUGGGAUGCCUACACCACGAACAAAGUUCACGCCAUUCCGCUCCGCUCCUCAUGGGUGAUGACCUGCGCCUACGCGCCCAGUGGCAAUUACGUCGCGUGCGGUGGACUUGAUAACAUCUGCUCAAUCUACAAUCUUUCCUCGCGAGAAGGGCCGACUCGUGUUGCCAGAGAAUUGUCGGGCCACGCGGGUUACUUAUCGUGUUGUAGGUUUAUCAAUGAUCGCCGAAUCAUCACAUCCUCCGGAGACAUGACGUGUAUGUUGUGGGAUAUUGAAUCAGGAACUAAGGUGACCGAAUUUGCCGACCACCUCGGCGACGUCAUGAGCAUCAGCAUCAACCCGACGAACAAUAACAUCUUUGUUUCUGGCGCAUGCGAUGCUUUUGCUAAAUUGUGGGAUAUCAGACUGGGCAAGGCCGUCCAGACCUUCUCUGGCCAUGAGUCCGAUAUCAAUGCCAUCCAAUUCUUCCCUGACGGGAAUGCAUUCGGAACUGGAUCAGAUGAUACCUCUUGUCGAUUGUUUGACAUCCGCGCGGACCGGGAACUUAACAUCUACCAGAGUGAUCAAAUUCUCUGUGGCAUUACUUCCGUCGCUUUCUCGGUCUCUGGGCGACUUCUGUUUGCUGGCUAUGAUGAUUUUGAGUGCAAGGUCUGGGAUGUCUUGAGAGGCGACAAAGUCGGCUCACUAAGCGGCCAUGAAAACCGUGUCAGCUGCUUAGGUGUGAGCAACGACGGAAUAAGUUUAUGCACGGGCUCCUGGGACUCUCUCGUAAGAAUCCACCGUCUAAACCCUAAUGCAAGCAGCUGUAGUCUGACCAUUUCUCGAUAG